CCGUCGCCUUCCUCCCACUCCGUGUCACCAAUGUCAUCCUUUCCCCCUCCCGUCGACGUCUCGACCCUCGAUCAUCUCGUGCGCGCUGCCGACAACUCAGCAACCAAUUGGUAUUCCUUCGUCGGCAGCCUCCACCGCGUCCUCGGCAGUGCUUAUGUCCUGCCGUUCCGCCUCCUGGACAUCAUGCUUGGUCUCCCAGAGGGUGACCUUGGGGACCCGCCGCCUCACCCUGGCGAUCCCCCCCCUCUCAUUCCCCAUCCCGGCGAGGAACCUUCGCCCCCCAUAGUACCCGAACGUCGCAUCGGCUCCCGCCAGAUCUGGCUCGAGCUUGAGGCAAUGUUCGAACGCACCGACUUCGAUGCUGUCGGACCGCUCUUCAAGGAAUACUUCAGCAUCACGAUCGAACAUAGUGCUGGCGCUGUUGACUACACCAGCCGGUGGCAGCAGUGGUGGUGGUGGAGGCAGUGGUGGCUCAUCUGGUAGCCGUGGUGGCCGCCCUGGCACUCUUCCCCCAUGUUCCUAUCUUCGCCGUUUUGGUCCCAGGGCGGGUGAGCGCUGCACCCAAACCAACCAUCCCCCCGCAACUUGCUUCAAGGCGUAUGAUGACGCCUGGUUCGAGCGCGGCAACAAUGGCACCCCCCCACGCUGGUCUGCCAUGGAUCCCCGCCCCUCUCUCCAGGAUGUCAAACUCUUCCGUCUUU